GACAUUCAGAGUUUGGUCAACAGUUCUGUGGCUUUAUCCUGGCAUUUAUGAGAUAAAAUUCGUCGUUGAUGGACAAUGGAAGGUUGAUCCCCAGAGAGAGUCGGCCACCAAGGAUGGCAUCUGCAACAAUAUCCUCAGAGUUAAACGAUGAUAGGACUGGGGUCUUUUGGCUGGGAAAGCAUAGUCUUUCAUAUACAUUCAAGCCAACAAAUGGAUACCUUCCUCUUCACUUCAGAGUCUGUCAAUGAAGGUCACCCUGACAAGCUCUGCGACCAAGUCUCAGAUGCCAUCCUGGAUGCUUGCCUAGAGCAAGAUCCAGAAAGCAAAGUUGCAUGUGAGACAUGUACCAAGACCAACAUGGUCAUGGUCUUUGGUGAGAUUACAACUAAGGCAAAUGUAAACUAUGAGAAAAUUGUUCGAGACACUUGCAGAGGCAUUGGAUUCACAUCACCUGAAGUUGGGCUUGAUGCCGACAACUGCAAGGUCCUCGUCAACAUUGAGCAACAGAGUCCUGACAUUGCCCAAGGAGUUCAUGGCCAUCUCACCAAGAAACCUGAGGAAAUUGGUGCCGGUGACCAAGGCCACAUGUUUGGGUAUGCCACAGAUGAAACCCCUGAACUCAUGCCACUAACGCAUGUCCUUGCGACUAAGCUUGGUGCCAAGCUUACUGAGGUGAGGAAGAACAAGACAUGCCCAUGGUUGAGGCCCGAUGGUAAGACCCAAGUGACUGUUGAGUACCGGAAUGAGGGUGGAGCUAUGGUUCCUAUUCAUGUUCACACUGUUCUAAUUUCAACCCAACACGAUGAAACUGUUACAAAUGAGCAGAUAGCAGCGGAUUUGAAAGAACAUGUCAUCAAGCCUGUUAUACCGGCUAAAUAUCUCAAUGACGAUACCAUCUUCCACCUCAACCCUUCAGGUCGGUUUGUCAUUGGAGGACCCCAUGGUGAUGCAGGACUUACUGGGAGGAAGAUCAUCAUUGACACUUAUGGUGGCUGGGGUGCUCAUGGUGGAGGUGCCUUCUCCGGGAAAGAUCCCACCAAGGUGGACAGAAGUGGUGCAUAUAUUGUUAGGCAAGCAGCCAAGAGUGUGGUGGCUUCGGGGCUUGCUCGUCGAUGUAUCGUGCAGGUUUCCUAUGCAAUUGGUGUGCCAGAACCACUGUCUGUUUUUGUGGACACCUACAAGACAGGGAAGAUUCCAGACAAGGACAUUUUGGCUUUGAUUAAGGAAAGUUUUGACUUUAGGCCAGGAAUGAUUUCCAUCAAUCUGGACUUGAAGAGAGGAGGCAACUUUAGGUUCCAGAAGACUGCUGCUUACGGUCAUUUUGGCCGUGACGACCCAGAUUUCACCUGGGAGAGCGUUAAGAUUCUCAAGCCCAAAGCUUGAGUGGUGGAUUUGGUUUGAUAGGGAUUCUGCAGGUGGUUAUUCUUGCAACCAUUAUUUUGCCCACCGGGCAUAGCUAUUAUUUUGCUCACAAGGGAAGAAUAAAUAAGUCUAAGUGAAGGGAGGAAUUGGGAUGUGGGUGCCAAGUUGAGGAAUUGGCGGAUUUGCUCAUUAUCUCUCUAUUUUUUAUCCUGGUCUCCUUUUCUUUUCUUUUCUUUUGUUUUGUCUGUUAGGCAAACUGUGUUUCUGUUUUGAGCUGAUGGGGUGGUAACCCUUUUCUUUUGGUCAUUUAGUAUGUUUCACUUGUUUAAUUCAACGUAGUUUAUUGUUUCCAUCUUCAAUGGUUUUGUUUCAACUAGAAGUUGUUUGGAAGUCUGUUUA